AUGUUCAAUUGCUUUCCAAAAUUUGCAGACGAGUUGACGAAAUUUAGACAACUAUGGUGGGAUCAGGGUAAUAUUCACCCAAAGGCGAAUUGGGAAAACGCCCCUUUACCUUAUGAGCUUAAGUCUAAUGUUAGUUGGGACAAGUAUGUCGAACGAACUGACAAGCACAACGUGCAUGGCAUGUGGGAAUGGAAUAAUGGAAAAGUUUUCGUGUAUGAACUUCCUUCUGCACCUCACGAGUCUGCAUGUGCUGGAUUGAUUCGUUUAUUGAAUUUUGAAUUAGCCGGCGUAUUUCUUACUGAUUAUGAUUUCAUUUUCUUAGGAUCAAUGACAACAAAAGCAGAACAUAUAGGUAAAGAAGCAGAUGGGUGUUUACGGCCAGAAAAAAAACUUGCUGUAGAUUCUGAUGGGUGUGAUGGGCUGCAUCAACCUUGGCCAAAUUUGGUAGUUGAAGUUGCUUAUUCAGAAAGUGAAGAGCAUCUUUUUGACAAAAUAAAAAAUUAUUGGCUUCGACCUAAUAGAGCACAUGAUGUUAUCGCCAUCAAAAUAGAACCACCCAAAGCACCAGAGACGAUUCCCUCCCGAAUGACUGCAUGGUACUUUUGCACAGAUAAUCGAAUGGCUGAUGACAAUCUUGAUCCUAUAGAAUUUGAAUUCGGAACCAUUGAUAAGUUUGGUAAUCAGCUUAAUAUUCAACCCGGACAAUGCAUUAUCAAUAUUCGGCUAGAAUGUCUCUAUAUGGGAAUGCAGCCUGAGUUCCAACUUCCUACACAAGCUUUACCCAAUCCAAUCUCCAUCGACCUCUACCCCGUUCGAAGGUCUAUAUUAUCAUCCAUCAUUUGUCCGUCCUCUCAAUAG